AUGAAAGUUGAAAUUGAUUCCUUUUCAGGUUCAAAAAUUUACCCAGGUAGAGGUACUUUAUUCGUCAGAGGUGAUUCAAAAGUUUUCAGAUUCCAAUCAUCAAAAUCUGCUUCUUUAUUCCACCAAAGAAAGAACCCAAGAAGAAUUGCUUGGACCGUUUUAUACAGAAGACAACACAAAAAAGGUAUCUCUGAAGAAACUUCAAAGAGAAGAUCAAGAAAAACCGUCAAACACCAAAGAGCUAUUGUUGGUGCUUCAUUAGAUUUAAUCAAAGAAAGAAGAAACUUAAAACCUUCUGACAGAAAAGCUGCUAGAGAUCAAAAAUUAGCUAAAGAUAAAGAAUCUAAAAAAGUUGCCAAAGCUGCUAGAAAAGCUGAAAAAGCUAAAUCUGCUGCUAAUGUUGCUCAAGGUAAAUUAUCAAGACAACAACAAAAAGGUGCUUUCCAAAAAGUCCAAGCUACUUCCCGUUAA